UAAAGAGUUGUUAUAUUUUCAAAGAAAUCACACACUUACUGUUUGAUAAUCAGGCCAUAUGUGUCUGUCAGACUCCAACAAUCAGCUGGGCAGUUUUUAGAUUUCCUUCUGAAACAUAAAAUAGGCUAACAGCGAAAAUGCGGAGGAAAGACACCGUCAAAACAGCCUCACCCAAGGGCGCCACCGAAAAUGCUAAUAGACACAGUAACGUUAAAGCAAGAGAAAAUACACCGUCAAAGGUGACCAAGCUAACAAGGAGACCUUACAAAACUCUGACCGGGUUAGGCCUCGGAAAAGCUGGAGUAAAGCGUUUGGGCCGGCUGUUGAAACGGGCCAUCCAGGACCAGGUGGAGUCCACCGGGAGGGGGAAAGCCUCUUUGCCAAAGACUCCUUUUCGCCUUUUCAAGUAUCAGAUUCAAACUAAGAUCGACAAUGCACCCAAGACAAACAGUGCAAAGCCGACCCCGGUCGAUGUGCGCCACCUCAUCCUCAAUGUGGUUUCCCAGUGCAGACACCGAGGUGGCAUCUCCAUGGCGGAGCUUAAGCAGGCGCUGGCCGCUGGAGGCUAUGAUGUUACCAAGAACAACAGGCGGGUGAACGCGGUGACUCAAAGGCUGGUUAACAAUGACACACUUAUACGGACUACAAGGAGUGUCACAUUCAGACUCAACAAUAAGAAAAAUCAGAAACAGCCUGAAACAAAGCAAGUGAGGACAAGCACUGUGAAAUCUCCAAAACCAAAAGGAGAUCCUGAGCAGAGAAAAAACACCAGUAGAUCUCCCAAAGGAGCAGAGAAGUCACAGAGACCAGCCAGAAAGAGUACCCAACCAAAAGGCAAGAUCAGCCAAACAACCAAAUCACACAAACAAACAGGAGAGACUCUCAAACCAGCAGCCACAUCGCACAAACCAGACGGCAAGACCCGUAAACCAGCAGCCAAAUCCCGCAAACCAAGAAAGAAGACACCCAAAGCAAAAGGAAAAUCGCCGAAGCCAGCAGGGAAUAAACGCAGAUCUGCAACGAACCAAGCAGCACAGGUUCGCAAGGCACCAAGGAAGGCUCAAAGGGCCCAGAGACGUCGACCAAAGCAAACCCAACAUCCAUAUAAAUCUUCCCAGAAAACACAGCCACCCAGACAGAGCCAGCGUCGGGUUGCCAGGAGAAGAGCUUACUACUAUUAGCAUUUAGAGUAGUACAUGGUGAGCUUAAUAAACUCGAACCUUUGCAGCAACUGGAUAUUGUAUAUUCUCUUUUGAUGCAU